CAGAUGUAAACAGAAGGAACAGCCUGAUGGAGUCUGUGGCGAUGCGUUUCGUCUGAAGUUUUUCUUUUCCCCUCGCCUUCUCUCUCGCUUGGUGGAUUUUUUGUAUUGCGUCCCUAUAUAAUAAAUAGGGAUUGAUUGUCUUAUUUUAUUUGAAGUUGAUUUUUUUUUCAAAUAAAAGGCGGGAUAUUUUGUUAACGGAUUGUAAGUGUGAAAGUGGAUGGUGCUGAGAACAUAAGCCAGGAAAGGGUCAUUGGUGUUGACGUAAUAGUGAUAAGAUUUUGUAGUUCAAGUUUCAUUUCAUCGAUACAGAAAAAAAAUCUUUUUUAAAUAAUUGUGAAUUUGAUAUAAGAAGCUAUAAGAAGUGGUAAUAAAACUAAAACCAAAAAAAGUAAAUACCUAGAAAAAAUAGAAUUGAGCAUUUGCUGGUUGCAAAAAGAGGCUGUUUGAAAAGAAGCAGGUAAAUAGAUUGAUAAAGACAUCUAUUUGCCAAGAGUGUCGCAAAGAGUUCAAAGUGAAGUUCGAAGUGGAAGCCGAGGCCAGAAUGCGGAGGCAGAACGUUCAAACGCUUUCAUUGGUGGUUUGUACAUUUACCUAUUUACUUAUAGGCGCCGCUGUGUUCGAUGCCCUAGAAUCGAAGACGGAGGAACGGCGGUUAAAAUUAAUUAAAAAUAUCCGAGAGAACUUGGUGAACAAAUACAACUUCUCGUACUCGGAAUACAGACUCAUCGAGACGGUGAUCAUCGAGAACAAACCACACAAGGCUGGACCCCAGUGGAAGUUCGCCGGAGCACUGUAUUUCGUCACUGUUGUUGUGGCCAUGAUAGGAUACGGGCACUCCACCCCCGCAACAAAUAGUGGAAAAGCCUUUUGUAUAGUGUAUGCUGUGGUGGGGAUUCCCCUUGGUAUGGUGAUGUUCCAGUCAAUUGGUGAACGUUUGAACAAGUUUACGUCCAUUAUCAUCAAGAAGAUGAAGAAGAUGCUGGGAUGCAGUAACACAGAAGCCACAGACGUGAACCAGCUGUGUGUGACAGGAACUCUCUCCUCCAUCGUCAUGACUGUUGGGGCGGCUGUCUUCUCCCACUACGAGAGCUGGAGUUACAUUGAUUCGUUUUAUUACUGUUUCAUCACCCUCACCACCAUCGGCUUCGGGGAUUUCGUGGCGCUGCAGAGACGCAACGCCCUCACCAACGAGCCCGGUUACGUCGCCCUCUCCUUGGUCUUCAUCCUGUUCGGCCUCACCGUCGUCGCCGCCUCCAUCAACCUGCUGGUGCUGAGGUUCAUGACCAUGAACACGGAGGACGUGAAGGCCGGGGACUACGAGAUGCAGGACGCCUCGCAGUCGGUGGUGACCCUCGACGGCGAGCUCAUGGCCAUCAACGGCAAGGUCCUAGCGGGCACUCAGGACUCGGAGGGCCUCGGGGAGCGGCGGGCGUCCUACACCAGCAUCGCCACCGUCUGCUCCUGCACCUGCUACCCGCGGCCUCAUCACAGUCCGGCGGAUAUCAGGCAUCGGUAUUCGGUUGUGGGAGGUCACCCUCUCGGAUCUUCACACUUGCUGGUGGACCAAGCAGGCACGAGCAAAGUGGCACCGCAUGACAACGACCAGUUUCCGCCUCUGCUUCACGACUCCUUUAUGGUUGCCAAUUACCUCAAGAUGAAGAGGUCGUCCGUGUGAGAGAAAGAGAGAUGGAACGACCAGCUGGGAGAAAAAGGAAUGGUAGAAUUGGAGAAAGAGAGGGGAGGGGAGGACGAGCUACAGAGAGAAAAAGGAAUGAUGGAAUUAGAGGAAGAGGGGGAAGGAACGACCUACGUAGAGGAAAAAGAAUGAUGGAAAGUAGAGAGAGAGAGAGAAAGAAGAACGACGCACGGAGAGGAAGUGGUUUGAUGAAAAUAAAGAAUGGCGAUUUACAAAGAAGAGGAAGAAGGUGGAAUGACCAGGAAAGAAGAAGAAAAAGAGAACGUCGGCAUGCGAAAAAUGACGAAGAAAGAGAAAGGAAAACCCACGAAAAAGAAGAAGAAGAAGAAAAAGAAGAUGAACGAGGAAAAGAAAGAAAAAAUAAAUACAACCAUGACGACUAGGAAGGAAUGAUGGAAGCAUAGAUAAAAAAUAUGUAGAUAGGGAACCAGAAAAGGUUAAACGUAAUCCAUUUUGAAUUUUAUUGCAAGAUUUUUAAUGACGCAGAUAUUUUGGACAUUCUUUUUUUCUUUCCUUUUUUUUGGGGGAGGGGGUCAAAGAUCUUAUAGGUGAUGUAUCAUUCACGUCCAUUCGCCUUAAUGCGUUGAUUAAUUACAGCUUUUUAGAAAGUAAGUGAGCUGUCAUAUUAUUGCAAUUUCUUUACAUGCGGUUCAAGAAAUAUUCUCUUUAUAUAUGCUAAACUUCAGUAUAAACAGUAUAUUCUGUAUGCCAAACUUCAGUAUAAACAGUAUAUUCUGUAUGCCAAACUUCAGUGCAUACAGUAUAUUUCAUAUGCCAAACUACAGUAUAUACAUAUAUUCUAUUUAGUGUAUACAGUAUAUUUCAUAUGCCAAACUUCAGUAUAUAUACAGUAUAUUCUAAAUGCCAAACUCCAGUAUAUAAAUGAAUCAAAGUAAAAAAAAAGUAUUGAAGUAUAUUAUAUAUAUAUAUAUAGAUAUCUAUUUACAGAAUGUAUCUAGGGUUAGUUUGAAAUAUAUUACGAGUUUUGUCUCUUUCUAUAUACGCUGUGUGUACAAAGAUAUGAACGAGC